AUGGACGAUUGGAGCCAACGUGUCAAGCUACUUCUGGAUCAGAUAUACACCGUGGACCCGUACUAUGUACAGAACAACGAGACCAGGCUGGUCAAUCAGGUCUCGUACGCUGACAUCGCUGCUGGUCGCACCAGUCCAAACUCUAGAGGUUCUAGUCCCUUUAGAAAUCCUCGAGACGAGGCUGCGCCGACGCCGCUCGCGAUUCAGGUGUUCAGACCUACCGCGCAAUUGUCGAGAACCAACAACGAGAUCCAGAAACAGCCGCCUGUCGUCGAAUCUGUCCGCGACAACGUUACGCAACAACAGCCGGCUGUGAAGCAGACAGAGACGAGAGCGAAGGAAGAACAGAGUAAAGUCGAGGAGGUGCCUGAACAAAGGGAGCCAGAGAUCAAAAUCGAAGCAACUAGACAUGUCUCUAAAGUCGAUUCUGUGGACAGCAAGAGUAGAAUUCAAUCUAGACGAGGUGGUUCCGUUAGAAAAGAAGCUGCGACAGAGAUCAGAAGAGAAAGUCGCGAGAGGAAUCCAUCUGCGGAGACUGAAAACCCGGUGGAUACUUCGAGAGUGCUGGAACAGAGGAGAGAACCAAUGGUACUGAGGAACACGUUGGCACCUAAGGAAGAGAGGAGAGGAAGAUCGGCUAGUCCUAUCUGGGUGCCAGGUUCCACCUCGUACGCUGAUAUUCUGAGAGGGAAAACUUCGAGGAGUCCUUCGGUGGAGACUGGCAAAGACGCGAGUGUCGUUGGUAGAGAGAUCAGGGACACUGUGCUCGAGGAGUCUUCCGUGGAAAGUGUUCAGGGGGAGAAUGUCGAUUUGAAGGUGCCUAGAGUCGAAGUUGACGAGGAAUUGGAGGUUUCUGGAGAGACUAGCGUGGAGGAAUCUAGUCAACAAGUGACAGUAGAGAAUUAUCCGCAGCAACAAACUGAAGUGGUAGCUGAAGUAGCACCAGAAGUCACUCCUUCUGCGGUGAAAUCUCACGAGAAGUCGAGAGAGACGCCGACUAGUUGGGCAGACGAGUCUAUGGAGGAGUAUGUCUUGAUGAACGAGAAGAAUUACGAGAACGUGACGAGACCGGUGCCGCAACAAGUUUCCGAAGUCUACAAUUAUAUCCAUCCGCCUCUUCCGGAAUUGGUGGGAUUCAUCGGGUCUCAGAUAGCCUAUCCGGUCAGUUCUUACGUGUACAUGCCGGCUGCACCGCCUCAACCGAUCGCUCUUCCUCAUUACACCGAGAGUCAGAUCAGUUUCCCUACGGAACAGUACGUUGCACAGCCUAGUUACAUCCCAGAGCCGGAGAUUUACCAGCAGAAUCCGUUGCAGAAGCCUCAGCAGAAGCCUCAUCAGCCUAAGUACAAGAAUCCUCCGAAGAAUCCGCCUGUUGUGGUGCAGAACGUCGAAGAGAAGUGUUUACCUAGUCAAACUCCACCUGCUGUGGAUCCUCCUGCUGUGGAUCCACCUGUUGCUCAGUCUGUCGUUCAACCUGUUGCUCAGUCUGUCGUUCAACCUGUUGCUCAGUCUGUCGUUCAACCAGCUGUUCAACCGGUUGAAGUGUCUGAACCUGAGAAACCCGUGGAGCAGGAGCAACCUGUGCAGCAACCUGUGACAGCUUCAGAGACAGCAACUGUGAAGCAAAAACCUGCGACUUCGAGUGAGAGCAAGACGUUCUCGUACGCUCAGAUCUUGUCACAGGGGCUCAGUCCUAAACCAACGCCAACCACGAGUGCGCAACCUUGGGCAGCGACGACUUUAGCGUUGAGACAGGUGAAGGAACGUUCUCGAUCGCCUGUAAAUUCGACGACUUCCUCGGUGCACGAGAACAGUCCUCCGCAGGAGGCGAGGCAGGUUCGAGAGUCCUCUGUGACUAAGCAGGAGGCGAGGCAGGUUCGAGAGUCCUCUGUGACUAAGCAGGAGGCGAGACAGGAGUGGGACACUACGAGGAGGAGAGAGACGAGGAAGACACACCAGGAUGCGCCAAAGUCGAAGAUUCCUGAGAAGAGAGCUCGCAGAGGACCCGAGCACCCGAGGGAGAAGCCUCAGAAAGAGAAGGUUAGGGGUAACGUGGAGCAGUUCAGGCAGUUGGAGGUGAAAGAGGUAGUUGGUGUGGAGGAAUCUGGUGUUUCUAAGGUGGUUUCGAAGAUCGGUGAGGCUGAGGUUCAGAAGGUGGAGGAGGUUCGACAGGAGAGAGAGGUUGAGGUUCAGAGACAGGAUGAAAAAGAGGAGAAGGUGGAGGUUCGGCAGAGGGGCAGAUCUCAGGAGAAGAAGAGAAAGCCGAGGAAGAAGAAGACGGAGAAGUCGGUGGACGAUGAGAUUGAUAAGGCUUUGAAGGAGAUCGAGGAUAUGGAUAAGCAGAAAAAGAGGGACAAGUCGAGGGAACAGAGUAAGAGUAAAGAGCCAGCUGCGAUGGAGAAGCCUAAGGAAGAAAGCGAGAAGAAGAAUGCGAAGUCGAGUGAGAAGAAGAAGCAGGGUUAA